CACUUCAGCUAUAGUCCUUUCCCUGACCCUUCGUCAAUUCUAGUAUUCCUAAAAAAAAACAACCACCAACCAUGGCCGAAGGACACCACCAUCACCACCACCACAACCUCCACCGCAGCCACCACAAGAAGGAUGAUGCCUUCAUGGAGCCUACGGUCAAUUACAGGAAGGAGGAGAAGCACCACAAGCACCUCCAGCAGCUCGGGCGAGCUCGGUGCCGUCGCUGCGGUGCUUAUGCCUUGCAUGAGAAGCAUAAGGCCAAGAAGGACCCGGAGCACGCUCACCGGCACAAGAUAAAGGAGGAAAUAGCUGCCGCCGCUGCCGUCGGGGCUGUCGGGUUCGCCCUCCACGAGCACCACGAGAGGAAGGAGGCCAAGAAAAAAUAUAAAGAGUCUCAUCAUGGCAAGAAGCACCACCAUCACUUCUAAACCAUGGAGGAUCUCUGUCUCUU